GGGGGGAGCCCGAGAGUGAGUGGCUGAGUGAGUUUCCCCCUAUGAGGCGGUGAGAGGCCCGGGGCCUACCUCAAAGGAGCGGGGUCGCGGCGCCGGCUAGCAGCGGGCCCCCUCCGGUCCCCGGGCCUGGCGGCGCGGCGGCGGCUCGGUAGUGAGCAGGCGGGGAAGCGGGUGUCCGGCCCCCGCCAUGGAGGGCAUGGACGUGGAUCUGGACCCGGAGCUGAUGCAGAAGUUCAGCUGUUUGGGCACCACCGACAAGGACGUGCUCAUCUCCGAGUUCCAGCGACUGCUUGGCUUCCAGCUCAACCCGGCCGGCUGCGCCUUCUUCCUGGACAUGACCAACUGGAACUUACAAGCGGCAAUUGGCGCCUAUUACGACUUUGAGAGCCCAAACAUCAGUGUGCCCUCCAUGUCCUUUGUUGAAGAUGUUACCAUAGGAGAAGGGGAGUCAAUACCUCCUGAUACUCAGUUUAUAAAAACAUGGCGGAUCCAGAAUUCUGGGGCAGAGGCCUGGCCUCCAGGGGUUUGUCUUAAGUAUGUCGGGGGAGACCAGUUUGGACAUGUGAACAUGGUGAUGGUGCGAUCAUUAGAGCCACAAGAGAUUGCGGAUGUCAGCGUCCAGAUGUGCAGCCCCAGCAGAGCAGGAAUGUAUCAGGGACAGUGGCGGAUGUGCACUGCUACAGGACUCUACUAUGGCGAUGUCAUCUGGGUGAUUCUCAGUGUGGAGGUGGGUGGACUGUUAGGAGUAACGCAGCAGCUGUCAUCAUUUGAAACGGAGUUCAACACACAGCCUCAUCGCAAGGUAGAAGGAAACUUCAACCCGUUUGCCUCUCCCCAAAAGAACCGACAAUCAGAUGAAAACAACUUAAAAGACCCUGGGGGUUCCGGGUUCGACUCGAUCAGCAAAAACACAUGGGCUCCUGCUCCUGACCAAACCGAGCAAGAUCAGAAUAGACUCUCACAGAACUCUGUAAAUCUGUCCCCCAGCAGUCACGCAAACAACUUAUCAGUAGUGACUUACAGUAAGGGGCUCCACGGGCCUUACCCCUUCGGCCAGUCUUAAACGGGUGUCAGCAAGAAGAAAAAUUAACAAAAGACAGAAGGCCCGACUUUGGGGGGAGGGCAAGGGGUUCCUCUGGAUUACAGACCACAUCGCACGGACCCCCGGCUCUGACCCCCCUCCCGGAAGAAGAGGAAGAAGCAGAACAGACUAGUUUUGAGUAAACUCAGUAUGCAUGUGUGAAUGCUGAAUCCCAGGAAUGGUGUUGAGGCUACCAAGAAGAAACCCGUGCAGCCACCUUGGGUUUUGUUAAUUAGGUGUCAGUCUACCAAGUCGUUAGGUCACUCGGGAAGGGGAGACAUUUUUCAAUGGGGGAAAACAAGCCAUCUUUUUAAACAAAAAUUAUUUUGCCUACAGAGAGGUUGUAGCUUGGAGCACAUGUCAAUUUGUCCCCUUUCUUCCCCUCUUUUAUUUUUUUAAAUAAGGGAUAACAUACUCUGUA